CCCCCUACAGUCGAAACCCUAGAUCUGAUCUAGGGUUUAGAUCGUGAUCUUUGCGGCAAAACCCUAGUUCAGAGCUAGUACUCUCGAUGUGAUCUCCACUGAUGGUGGUUCAUGGUUUGAUGAUUAUGACGGAAUCUUAGCUAAUCCGAGUAGGGAGAGCUUUUCUCAUCUCAAAGAUAAAAGCAAUUGUUCAGGACAUAACAAUGCAAGGUCACAUCACAAAUAUUGGAGCCCUCAGUUUACGGCUUGAAACACAGUUGGAUUGUUAAGGAGAAAGAAAAUAUGGUUGGAAGUGAAUCUGAAGUAGUUGAGGAGGUGGUUUCCAAUUUAAAGGAAUUGCAUAUUGGAGAACAAGAAAUUCAGGUCAUAAGCAGGACGCAGUUGGAUUGUUAAGGAGAAAGAAAAUAUGGUUGGAAGUGAAUCUGAAGUAGUUGAGGAGGCGGUUUCCAAUUUAAAGGAAAUGCACAUUGGAGAACAAGAAAUUCAGGAUAACAAUGGUCAAGUUUGCAAAUCUCAGUCCCCUUUGCAAGAUGAUGAAGAAGAGACACAAGUUGCUGGUCCAGAUGGAUUACCAGAAGCUGCAAAAAAGAAGAAAAAGAAACGAACAAAGAAAAAGAAGGAACCUAUUGGACGGACUGAUUCUCCAAGUCUGAGGCCAUCAGCUACCCAGACUAAUCCACCAUCAAUUCCAGUCGACGAGCUAUUUCCUUCUGGUGACUUCCCAGAAGGUGAAGUUCAAGAAUACAAGGAUGAUAACUUAUGGAGGUUAACUUCUGAAGAAAAGAGAGAGCUGGAGCGCCUAGAAAAACCCAUCCACAAUUCAGUGCGCCGAGCAGCAGAAGUUCACAGACAGGUUCGGAAAUACAUGAGGAGUAUUAUUAAGCCUGGAAUGCUAAUGAUUGACAUGUGUGAAACUUUGGAAAAUGUGGUUCGGAAACUAAUAAAAGAGAAUGGUCUUGAUGCUGGCAUUGCGUUUCCAACAGGAUGCUCUUUAAACUGGGUCGCAGCUCACUGGACACCUAAUUCUGGUGAUAAAACUGUGCUUCAAUAUGAUGAUGUGAUGAAGUUAGAUUUUGGAACACAAGUUGAUGGGCAUAUAAUUGAUUGUGCAUUUACAGUGGCAUUCAAUCCCAUGUUUGACCCAUUGCUGGAGGCUUCACGUGAAGCUACGAAUACUGGAAUUAAGGAAUCUGGAAUAGAUGUGCGACUCUGUGAUGUUGGUGCUGCAAUCCAAGAGGUUAUGGAAUCAUAUGAGGUUGAAAUUAAUGGGAAAGUGUUCCAAGUUAAAAGUAUUCGGAAUUUGAAUGGACAUAGCAUAGGGCCUUACCAAAUACAUGCUGGAAAAUCUGUUCCAAUUGUAAAAGGUGGUGAGCAGACAAAGAUGGAGGAGGGUGAAUUUUUUGCAAUUGAGACUUUUGGUUCAACAGGCAAAGGAUAUGUUAGAGAAGACCUCGAGUGCAGCCAUUACAUGAAGAACUUUGAUGCUGGCCAUGUACCAUUAAGGUUGCCUCGAGCUAAGCAACUACUUGGAACAAUUAACAAACACUUUUCGACUUUGGCCUUUUGCCGGCGUUACCUAGACCGCGUUGGAGAGACAAAGUACCUAAUGGCGCUAAAGAACUUGUGCGAUGCUGGCAUUGUUCAGCCGUAUCCUCCAUUGUGCGAUGUAAAAGGAAGCUAUGUUUCUCAGUUUGAGCACACGAUUUUGCUCCGGCCAACUUGCAAGGAGGUUAUCUCUAGAGGUGAUGACUAUUGAGUGGUUUCUGAAGUUCUUCCACAUUCAAAUGUUUUGCAGUCUCCAAUGCUGCAAUGCAUCAAUCAACACAGCAGCAUAGCUUGUACACAUGCGGUAUGAGCCACAAAUUGUAGCAUCAGGAACAUGGUUUAUGAGUUUGAUGUUCUAGUUUGCAUACAUAAGUCAGCUUGUAUUUUGAUCUUAGACAAAUAGUUCUAAAUGGUUUAUAGGGCUUUAUUUCGCUUGAACUCAAGAAAUAUGAGAAGCAUGGUUGAAGGAGGAUUAUGAUGUAAUCCCUACUUCGUUCUAAUUUAAUAAAAGAACUUCAAGCCAUAUAUACAUUUUGAUCUGAGAUGAUCAGUAAUGAUUUAUGUUAUCAAAA